UUUUGUAGCAAAUAUCAGAAUGUUACCCCUCUGAACAACUAGAUGUCAGGAGUAUCCCUCGGUUACUACUACGGUUUAGAGUUUGUGUCGGGAGAUAUACCACAGUUAGAUCACAGUUACGCGCGCCCUUUCCAGUCCCUCGCGCACCACAACAAGACUGAGAGAGUCAAACCAAGGGUCCUUCUCAAUCAGGAUAGUGGUAGUGAGGAUGAUGAUGAGAUAGACGUAUGUGGAGGUACAGGAUUAAUAGUCCCUCCCUUUGACCAGCCUCGUAAUGCUCACCUUCUCAACGAAACAGAACGUUUCCUCCUCACACACUGCUCCAGUAAACUGAACGACGAGCAGGAGGACUGGAUGUCACGUGUCACCUGGAACCCCGAACAAAACGCGCUCUUUGCACGUGUCAUGAAGAUAAUAGACACAGCGCGUAUGGCACGUCUCAGUUCGGUCAAUCACCACAACGAGAGUGUGAUGCGCAGUAUUUACACCACCCACGCCGGACGACAACUCCGCAAAACUUUUGCUAUGAUAAAGUGGGACAAAGAGCUAACCACGUGGUUACAUAACACAUUCUUCAGCGCGCUGGGUGUACGGCUACUUGCUAUCUACAUCGACAUGUUGCAGUAUUUGGAUAGCGCAGUCCCGCAACUUGUUACCACCCUUUUAGAGGGACAUAAGAUUAACAAUCCGGCACGUUCUGCCCUUGCUUCCUCUGAGACGAUACAGGCUUUCUUGAGGCGAUCUAACAGUCCUAAUAAUCAUCUCUCAACUGUAAAACCUAUCCGUGUAGCAGGUAACCCUCUAAUGUUGAUAAUACCUCACUAUCUGGACAGUGAUAUAACUGACAGUAAACUGUACGAUAGACUGACUGGGCUGAGUAGCAUGGCUAAGAUAAGGACUCUGAGCGUGGUGCAGCCUACUGAUAAGAUUAAAACUGCUUCUCAGUAUACAAAUAGUCUUGUUAAUAGUGUGCACCUGUCUGUAGCAAACGCUCGCUCUAAACACGACUCAAAGAACGUGUUUGCAGUAGGAUGGGGAGUAGCAGCCCUGACCCUGCUCCACGUAGCCAGCGUGGAACCGAUCCGGGGGGCCAUAUGUCUGGGGCUACCUCUCAACAAGAAACACAGGCCUCUGCGGAAUGUGAUAGGUGAUAUCAAGUGUCCUGUGUUGCUGGUUAUUGGAACUGCUGCACGGAGUUGUAGUACUACUGAUGUGGAGAGUUUAGUGGCGGGGAUUCCGGGGGAUAAGAGGGUUAUCUUCAUUGAGGAUGCUGAUGAUAACUUGUGUAUACCAAUGUGUAAACAAGUAUCAUGUGGUCUAACACAAGCUAUGUUAGAUCAGAUCAUUAUUGAUGAGAUCGGCAACUUCCUUAUCAGUAUCGCAGGUUACUCCCCUCCGACCAGAGAAGAAAUCCAAGAAUACGAGGAGCAGGAAAUAGCUCGGAACCGAAAACGGAAGAUCGACGCUACUGUCCGCAAGUUGUACCCUCAAGUGAUCUCAGAAGAACACAGCCUGAAAAGGAAGCCAACCAAACGUGCAACACUGGAGAAAAGUAAACAAGAACCCAUCAAGAAGGAAAAAAGGAAACGAAAGAUAAAAGUCCCAAGAAAAUCAGACAGCCCAUUCGACUACAGUGUUAGCGACAGUGAACGGAACGAAAUUGAGACAUUGCCCCUGGGAAGUCUGAUCCCAGAGACACGGAAGAUAGUGGAGACACAGUUAGAGGACCGGUACAAGACUCCCGAAACUUCUCCUUCCCAGUCACCUCAACCCGGACCAUACGAUCCUAAACCUUACACCAGCUACAACAAGUUCAAGAGCUCCAGUACAGCUGAAAGCUACAUGAAGACCUACCACCUGAGUAAGCUACGUACCCCCGGCCAGGAUGGUUACAUGGUCUACCCCGGAUCUAGGGGAAACUCCCCCACCUAUAACCCCUCGUAUACCCCCAACCUGGCCAAGGGUACUCCCUCUAUUUAUCAGAGUAGUGUCGGUUUUCAGAGAUGGAACUGAGACGAAAUUAAGUCUGAUGAUCAGAUAACAGUUAUGCAAUGUGACCAGUUUUGAAGGAGACGGAGAUAAUUAUUGAGCUUCCAAACGUUAUCAUGAUACAGGGUGGCUCAACUUAACAUUAAUGAAUGCACAGAACGAAUAUCGGUCUAAAUUUCUACAACAUGAAAGUUUGUCGGGUUUACCCUAACUUGCAGUGAGUUUGCAGUCGUAUGUUCCGUUUAUUUUGGCCCACCAUGUACAUAACCAGACAGCCUCAGUUGAAAUAUGGAAUGACUGAUAAGCGAACAAAAUAUUCACAAAGAUACUUUUUAUUUUAUUAAUUGCCUUUUUAUGCUUUACCUAUAUGUGUUGAAUACUUGUAACUAUUGAAUUAUUGUGUUAAAUUCUUUAAAGUAUAGACUUGAAAUCAUG